AUGAGCCAAGACGUUACAGAGGCACGAACACGAACCCGCUCCAAAGGCAUCCGGGUGCAAUCAGAAGUUGUGGGACAAGAGAUGAAGCAGGAGUUGAGUAGCAGCUGUCCCACCCCUGGAUGUGACGGCAAAGGCCACGUCAGCGGAAGAUACUCGCGACAUAGAAGUGUUCUGGGAUGCCCGAUUGUGAAGAAAAGGAAACUCGAGGAGGCUGAGGCUGAGGAGAGCCAGUCCGCUCCCAAGAGAAGGAACCAGCCGGCCAAACAGGCAGCCGACGAUGGCUUCACCGCAGACAGUGAUGCAGCAGAAGAGGAGGAGGAGCAGAAGGAAGAGGAAGAGGAGGAGGAGGAAGACCUCAAAGAGAAAAGAAAGAACAAAACAAAAACCAGGCCAGAGUCAAUACAAAGUGAGCAAAACCAAACCAGAAACAAGGACACAGAGACGGCAGAGACAGCGGUUUGUCGUCCGCCUGAGGACGACAAGAAUCAAAGUGUCUUGUCAGAGGCUGGGAAUACAACUGACAGUGAGAAAACUAGUGAGGAAGUGAAGCCGGUAACACUCACUGAUGAUCAUCAGCAGGAGGAAACAGAGACAAAGGAGAAAGAGGAAGGUCAACUGCUGACUAAGGACCAGGCAUCAGACCAACCUGAAGAAGGGAUGGGGGUUACUGAGCUUACACAGACAAAAGAAGAGGAGGACGAGGAAGCAGCAGCAGAAGAACAAGGACAAAAGGAAGAGCAGCGAGAACAACAAGAGAGGCAAGAGAAUAUUGCAGAGGAGAGGGAGGUAGAAAGACAGAUGAUAAGCCAGGAAAACUCUGAUCACCAAUACUCCAGUGGCGACUACACCCAUCAGGUCAAAGAAUCAACAGCGGAGCAGAAUAAGAGGGAGGAACAAGAGGAGGAGGAGGAGGAAGAGGAGGAGGAAGGAGAGGAAGAGGAAGAAGGGGAGGAAGAAGACGAGGGAGAAGAAAGGGAGGUCCACCACGAGGCUGACACUCCCUACACUUUGAGUCCACACACUCAGGGAUCUGAAGCCGAGGUGUCACUCAGGGAAGAGAAGGUCUGCACCCCCAUGACUGAGGAAGGGGAGGAGGAUGAAGAGCAGGAGGAGGACAGAGAGGAAGAGGAGGACGAGCGGCACGGGAAGGAAGCAGGCGAGGUGGUAGAGGAGGAAGAGGAAGACCCAGACUCCAGCAAAGCCUCUCCGACUACAGUGGUCAUAGAAGUCCACUCUGAGGAGGAUGACGAGGAGGAUGAGGAGGAGGAGGUGGAGGAGGAGGAUGAGGAGGAGGAGGAAGAGGAGGAGGAGGAGGAGGAGGAGGAAGAGGGAGAAGAGCAGGACCGUGCUUCAGAAGGCUCAGGAAUCACGGACGACUCCGAGAACUGGGACAUGACUCGAGGGAACCUGGGGCUGCUAGAGCAGGCCAUCGCCCUGAAAGCAGAAGAGGUGAAGGGGGGUAACGAGGCCCGGAGCUCCCCAGAAUAUCAACCAUACAGCACCUCCAGCAAGGGCUCUGAGCCUGCCAAUCUGGCCCGCCGCACUGCUCACUACAGCAAAGAGAAAAAGGAAGUGAAGUGUCCUACCCCAGGGUGUGAUGGGACAGGUCACGUGACCGGGCUGUACCCUCACCAUCGCAGUCUGUCUGGAUGUCCUCACAAAGACCGAAUCCCUCCAGAGAUCCUGGCCAUGCAUGAGAACGUCUUGAAGUGUCCGACCCCUGGCUGCACAGGCCAAGGUCAUGUCAACAGUAACCGCAACACACACCGCAGUCUGUCCGGCUGCCCCAUCGCAGCAGCAGCUAAACUGAACAAGAACCAGGACAAGCAGGUCCAUUUACAGGCCUCAGCCAGUGAACCCUCUUCCAACUCAGACAGAGUGCUCAGGCCCAUGUGUUUUGUGAAACAGCUGGAGAUCCCUCAGUACGGCAGCUACCGGCCCAACACGGUGACCACCACGCCUCGAGCUAACCUGGCUAAGGAGCUGGAGAAGUACUCCAAGGUGUCUUUUGACUAUGCAAGCUUUGAUGUCCAGGUGUUUGGAAAACGUAUGCUCGUUCCAAAGACACCUAGCACUGCUGAAACAUCACCCAAAGCCUUCAAAUCUAAAUCAUUCCCUAAGGCCUCCUCCCCCAGUCACAGUGUGUCUGGAGGAUUUUCUAAGAGCACCUCGUCCUCCAGUGGUUAUGACUAUAGCCAAGAUGCAGAGGCAGCCCACAUGGCGGCAACAGCCAUCCUCAACCUGUCCACCCGCUGCUGGGAGAGACCCGAGACUCUCAGCACGAAGCCCAGGGAGCCCUGCACCAAGGAGUCAGACAUUGAAGUGGAUGAAAACGGCACUUUGGACCUCAGCAUGAAGAAGACCAAGAGGGAGGGCAUGCAGUCUCCAGAACCUUCAUCCUCCUCAUCUUCAUCCUCUCAACACAUCAGAGUCACCUUGCCUCAGGGCCACACUCAGCCAGAAUGGGAGGGGCCGCUGGACUUCACCAAACCAAGUGGAGUCAAAGAGGAAGACCACGAAGAGGUGGAGUAUACGGCUCCCUCGUACACCUCAUCUGAUGGUGAGGAAGAGGACCAGGAGAACCUGGAGGACAGGAAGUACCCCGGUGAGGUCACCACCAGCAGCUUCAAGGUCAAGUUUCAGCCCAAAGACAGCAAAAAAGACAUUCUUGUAUGUCCCACCCCAGGCUGUGAUGGCAGUGGACACAUUACUGGCAACUACGCAUCACAUCGAAGUCUGUCAGGCUGUCCUCUUGCUGAUAAAUCACUUCGGACCCUCAUGGCUGCCCACACAGCUGAACUAAAGUGUCCAACUCCAGGUUGUGAUGGAUCAGGCCACAUCACCGGAAACUAUGCUUCACACAGAAGUCUGUCUGGAUGCCCCAGAGCCAAGAAGAGCGGGGUCAAAUCAACCCCCACCAAGGAUGACAAGGAAGACUCUGAGCUGCUGAGGUGUCCUGUUCCUGGCUGUGACAGUCUGGGCCACAUCAGCGGGAAGUACGCCACUCACCGCAGUGCCUACGGCUGUCCACUGGCAGCGCGCCGCCAGAAGGAAGGUCUCCUCAACGGCACCCCCUUCUCCUGGAAGGCCUUCAAGACUGAAGGCCCGACCUGCCCAACGCCCGGCUGCGAUGGCUCUGGCCACGCUAACGGCAGUUUCCUGACACACCGCAGUCUGUCAGGUUGUCCCAGAGCGUCGGCCAACAAGAAGAAAGCCAAGUUCCCUGGAGACGAGUAUAUCACUGCAAAGUUCAGAGCCAGUGAUGUUUUGGACAACGAUGAGGACAUCAAGCAGCUCAACAAGGAGAUCAACGAGCUGAACGAGUCCAACUCCGAGAUGGAGAGCGACAUGAUGAACCUGCACACUCAGAUCUCUUCAAUGGAGAAGAACCUGAAGAGCAUGGAGGAGGAGAAUAAGCAGAUUGAGGAAAGGAACGAGGCCUUGUUCCUGGAACUAUCUGGACUGAGUCAGGCCCUGAUCCGCAGCCUGGCCAAUAUCCGCCUGCCCACCAUGCAGGAGCCGCUGUCAGAGCAGAACUUCGACAGCUACGUGGAAACCCUGACCCACAUGUUUACCAACAAAGACUGCUACCAGAACCCUGAGAACCGGGCUCUGCUCGAGUCCAUCAAUCAGGCUGUGAAGGGCAUCGAGGUGUGA